AUGGACGCAAGCGAUUUCGAUGACAUGUUGUUUGGUGAACAUGACAUGCAGGCCGCUCCUAAUGACACGGAAGAGGAGGACUCAGAAGAUGAGUUCUUAGUUUGGGUGAUCGCUCGUAUCGAAGCGAUGAUAGAGUUGAUUGUGGAUGCUCAGCUAGAGGAUCAUGAAGCGCUCAUUAUCACGCUGAAGUCCCGUGCGGCUCUGUCUCGCAGACGAUCUACCACAGCCGACGGCCAAGAACAGACUCCCGAACCGAAGGAACGCGAUAUCAAUUUUCCAGGAGCAAACUUGUUCAUCAAGCAGUCGAUAGUCGACCGAUACGUGGAUGACUUGGCUUGUACCUUCGGCAUCACUAGAUUACAAUUGAACGUGACUGCCGCCGCGAAAGGCCUGCUGGCGGGCGGCUUUAGGUUGACUCGAAACGAUGGUCAUCAUAUCAAUGGCAUGAGCGAGAAAGAGGGGAUACUCGUUCCCAGUGUCAACGAUAACGACAAUCUCGACUUGACAGACGUGCAAUGGGUUCUCAUUGUCGAAAAGGAGGCGAAAGGAUAUCCAGACCUCGCUUCACGGAAAUUUCUGAGUCAAUUAGCUGCUAAGGCUUCUCAGAUCCCCAUGUAUGCUCUGAUGGACCUUGAUCCUGACGGUAUCGCCAUACUAUCGACGUACAAAUAUGGGUCUUAUCGUCUUGCGCACGAAGACGUUACAUCCACGGAUACAGCCACACCAGGCUUGCCUAACAUCCGCUGGCUCGGUGUAAAGAGUCACCACAUGAGCGGGACUUCGCUAGGCGAAGUGCACACAGAGACGAGCACGAAAUCUCCACUUCAAGGCCUGAUGAGACUGACGGCGCGCGACCGCAACAAAGCAGCGCGAAUGUUGGAGUGGAACUUGUGCGCCGAGGAGGGUCCCGAGAAGGGCUGGAGGCAGGAGCUACAGACAAUGCUGAUGCUUAACGUCAAGGCUGAAAUACAGAUACUUGACGAAAUGCCAGGUGGAUUGGUGUCUUGGUUGAGCGACAGGCUCAGGCAGACAACGGAACUGGUGCGCGCGCAGCGGAUAGAAGGCGAAAAGCCAGACGACGGGAUGCUCUUUUGA